GCUUUUUCCGACAAGAUGGCUGCCGUUCCUGAGAGCAGAAUCCUCACUUUCAGCGUUUUUAAAUGGAGCUCCUACUCCUCUACAUACUUACCCGAUUUUUAAUCUUGAAAUUGGAAAGGCCGGCGAUUGUUCAGAGCAUCACCUUUGGGAAAUAUGAAAAAACUCAUGUCUGCAACCUCAAGAAGUUCAAAGUGUUUGGUGGGAUGAGCGAAGAAAACAUGACAGAGCUUUUAUCCAGUGGCCUUAAGAACGAUUACAACAAGGAGACGUUUACGUUAAAGCACAAGAUUGACGAGCAGAUGUUCCCCUGCAGAUUUGUGAAAAUAGUGCCUCUGAUGUCUUGGGGUCCGAGUUUUAACUUCAGCAUCUGGUACAUUGAACUACAUGGGAUAGAAGACCCUGAGGUGGUGCAGCCCUGCCUUAACUGGUACAGCAAGUACAGAGAACAGGAAGCCAUCCGGCUUUGUCUCAAGCACUUCCGGCAGCAUAACUACACCGAGGCCUUUGAGUCGCUGCAGAAAAAGACCCGGAUAGCGCUGGAGCACCCGAUGCUCACCCACCUACAUGACCGACUGGUGCUGCAGGGAGACUUUGAUGCCUGUGAAGAGCUCAUAGACAAGGCUGUGAGAGAUGGUUUGUUUAACCAGUAUAUCGGCCAGCAGGAGUACAAGCCUAGGUGGAGUCAGAUCAUUCCCAAAUGCAACAAAGGUACAAGCAGCCAGGAAAUCAGCCGAGACGACUUGAGCAGUGACGGUGACGACAACAGGCCUGGAAUGAGAGGAGGGCAUCAAAUGGUCAUUGACGUACAGACAGAGACGGUGUACCUGUUUGGGGGCUGGGAUGGCACACAGGAUCUGGCAGACUUUUGGGCUUAUAGUGUUCAGGAGAACCAUUGGGCCUGCAUCUCCAGAGACACUGAAAAAGAGAAUGGUCCAAGUGCUCGCUCGUGCCACAAGAUGUGCAUCGAUUCUCAGCGACGUCAGAUCUACACUCUGGGCCGUUACCUGGACUCCAGCGUCAGGAACAGCAAGUCUUUGAAAAGUGACUUCUACCGCUACGACAUUGAUGCCAACACAUGGACUCUUCUGAGCGAGGACACGUCGGCUGAGGGGGGGCCGAAGUUGGUGUUUGACCAUCAGAUGUGCAUGGACUCAGAAAAGCAUAUGAUCUACACGUUUGGCGGACGCAUCCUAACUUGUAACGGUAGUGUGGAGGACAGUCGRACGUCCGAGCCACAGUUCAGUGGCCUCUAUGCGUACCAUUGUCAAGCUGGGACAUGGAGCCUCCUGAGGGAAGACUCGUGUAACGCUGGGCCAGAGGACAUUCAGUCCCGCAUUGGUCACUGCAUGCUCUUCCACAGUAGGAACCGCUGUCUGUACGUUUUUGGGGGUCAAAGGUCAAAGACGUACCUCAAUGACUUUUUCAGUUACGAUGUGGAUGGAGAUCAUGUGGAAAUCAUUUCUGAUGGUACAAAGAAAGACUCAGGGAUGGUUCCAAUGACGGGUUUCACCCAGAGAGCCACCAUUGACCCCGAGCUCAACGAGAUUCACGUCCUCUCGGGCCUCAGCAAAGACAAGGACAAACGAGAGGAGAACGUGCGCAACUCCUUCUGGAUCUACGACAUAGCUCGCAAUAACUGGUCGUGUGUGUACAAGAACGAUCAGGCUGUGAAAGAAAACUCGAGUAAAUCUCUGCAGGAGGAGGAGCCGUGUCCACGCUUCGCACACCAGCUGGUCUACGAUGAGAUGCACAAAGUGCAUUACCUGUUCGGUGGAAACCCCGGGAAGUCCUGUUCUCCUAAGAUGCGCCUGGAUGACUUUUGGUCCCUGAAACUGUGUCGGCCCUCCAAGGAAUACCUUCUCCGCCACUGCAGAUACCUCAUCAGAAAAUACAGGUUUGAGGAGAAAGCUCAGUCAGAGCCACUGAAUGCACUGAAGUACCUGCAGAAUGACCUGUCACUAACUGUGGACCACACAGACCCUGAUGAGACUAAAGAGUUCCAGAUGCUUCCAUCAGCACUGUUUAAGUCCAGCUCUGACUUCAUCCCUCUAG